CCGCCCCCCUGAUGGCUUCCGCCAACGACACCCGGCCGGCGCCCAAAGAUGCCGCCGACCAGAACUUUGAUUACAUGUUUAAGCUGCUGAUCAUUGGCAACAGCAGUGUGGGGAAGACCUCCUUCCUCUUCCGCUACGCCGACGACUCCUUCACCUCGGCCUUUGUGAGCACCGUGGGCAUCGACUUCAAGGUCAAGACCGUCUACAGGAACGAGAAGAGAGUCAAGCUGCAGAUCUGGGACACGGCUGGCCAAGAGCGAUACCGGACCAUCACGACGGCCUACUACCGGGGAGCCAUGGGCUUCCUGCUGAUGUACGACAUCUCCAGCCAGGAGUCCUUCUGUGCUGUGCAGGACUGGGCAACUCAGAUCAAGACGUACUCCUGGGACAAUGCUCAAGUGAUCUUGGUGGGGAACAAGUGUGACCUGGAAGAGGACCGCGUAAUCCCCACGGAGGAGGGACGGCGGCUAGCCGAGGAGCUAGGCUUUGAGUUCUUUGAGGCCAGCGCCAAGGACAACAUUAACGUCAAGCAGGUCUUUGAGCGGCUGGUGGACAUCAUCUGUGAGAAGAUGAACGAAAGCCUAGAUGGUGGCAGUGCGGGCAUGACGGGCAGCAAUUCCAAGGCCGCGGCCCUCGACGAGGCCCCUCCUGCCGCCCCCUCCAGCAGCUGCUCUUGCUAGAGAAGGGGGGGGCCUGUCCUCGGGACGCUGCAGCCCUCUGCUGCCCCCAGCCCCAGGGAAGGGGGGCACGGCUGGCUGGACAUGGGAUGGGGCUGCCUGGCUGCCCCCGGGAAUGCCUCCUUGGUCUCUGCCAGCAUGCGCCCAGGGCCCCGCCCUCUCCCACAGCAUGAUCGACCCUUCUGGCAGAGAAGCAUGAUUUCUUGCACCCAUGCGCGCACUUGGCAACGCAGGAGAUUUGGACGCAGCCACAGAGAAUUCCCCUGACUUCUCUUCCGAGCGCCAGGGGGUGGGGUUCCCGUUCCGGCUGCUCUGGCCUGGCCUUGGGGCGAGGCAGCCCCCCUCCGUGCCUGCCAGGAUGCUCGUGCUGCCAACCUGGGCCUGGCACCAGCUUCUCCACUGCUGAACCAAUAAAUCCCGCGGCUGUUUG